AAUUUUAAAAAUCAAAUCAAUUUUUUUUUAUGAUUAAGCUGUGGCUCCUUCACUUCAGUUGUCAACUAAAACUGAACUUUCAGAAAAGUCGAAAUUAUACGUUGUGCGGCUUAAAAAAAUGCAAAAGUAAGCAUUUUGCAUCUUGAUGCUCUCUGAAGGAAGGUGGCGCGAAGGUACCGAAAGGUCUACGCUUUUAGCGUUGGCUUCGCAUUUUUUGGGGCCUUCGGCUCUGCCUGCUAUAAAACUAUACUCCAUUAGACGUGGAUUGGGCAUGGAGUGCGAAAAGAAAUACAAGUGUAAAAGAGAGAACUACUUUUGCUUUCUGCAAUGGUAGUAUAUUCAUAUAUUUUACAUAGGCAAAGGUUUACGGAUAUGUUUUGAAAUUUGUGCUGCAUUUUGCGGAACUUACCUUGCAUUUUCUAUAUCUUUGUUAUCUUUGUGAAAUGUUGCCUGUAUAGAAGUCAAUCGCGGACUUAUGCUUGGAAAUUGGGUAGCUAGCGUUGGGAAAUUUCAGUGCUAAUAUAAGUCCGUCACCAACAAAUUAUUCCUUGGUUUGCUGAUUUUGCAUAAAUUCUUUGAUUUGCUGGAAUGGGAUCCACAGAAGAAAUAUUCUGUGCUUGGUCCAAAACAGUGGAAGAAUGUUCGGAGGAAUACGAUGUCAGUUUAGAAAAAGGAUUAAGCUUUCAGGAAGUUCAGAAACGCCGAGAAAGAUAUGGAUGGAAUGAGCUGCAGAAGGAAACUGGUAAACCUUUCUGGAUACGGAUUCUAGAACAGUUUGAUGAUAGACUAGUUCAUAUACUCUUGGGGGCAGCUUUAACUUCAUUUAUUCUUGCCUACUGGGAUAAAAAUGAAAUUGGUGACGAGGGAAUGACAGCCUAUGUGGAGCCUUUGGUGAUUCUCUUAAUUCUUAUGCUCAAUGCCAUUGUAAGAGUAUGGAAGGAGUCUAAUGCUGAGAUGGCCUUAGAAGCCCUUAAAGAAAUGAAAUCUGAACAAGCAAAGGUCUUGAGAGAUGGAUCUAGUAUUCCACAUCUUCCAGCCCGAGAACUUGUUCCUGGGGAUAUAGUUGAACUCGGGGUGGGGGACAAGGUUCCUGCAGACAUGCGAAUUGCAUCCCUGAAAACAUCAACCUUGAGGAUGGAACAGAGCUCCCUCACUGGAGAAAGCCAUCCUGUUUUUAAAAGCACAAAAGCAGUCCUUAUGGAUGACUGUGAGUUGCAGGCUAAAAAUUGUAUGGUUUUUGCAGGAACAACUGUUGUCAAUGGUUGCUGUACUUGCAUUGUUGUUAGCGUUGGAAUGUCUACAGAAGUAGGAAAAAUUCAAGUCCAAAUCCAGCGAGCUGCCUUAGAGGAUGAUGAUACACCUUUGAAAAAGAAACUACAUGAAUUUGGGGAAAGUCUGACGAAAGCCAUUGGAUUUGUUUGUCUUCUAGCAUGGAUCAUCAGCUAUAAAAGUUUUCUCUCAUGGGAUGUUGUUGAUGGCUGGCCAAAGAAUAUUAGGUUCUCAUUUGGGAAGUGCAGCUAUUAUAUCAAGAUUUCUAUUGCUCUGGCUGUUGCUGCUAUACCUGUAGGAUUGCCUGUUGUCAUUACUAUGUGUUUGGCCCUUGGGACUAAGAAGAUGGCACGGAUGAAUGCAAUUGUGCGCAAGCUUCCUAGCAUUGAGACAUUGGGUUGUACAACAGUUAUUUGCUCUGACAAGACAGGCACACUUACAACAAAUCAGAUGUCAGUUACUCAAUUUGUAACCUUAGGUCACACUAUGAGUUCAAUUCAAGAAUUUCAUGUGGAAGGAACAACAUAUAACCCCACUGAUGGGGGUAUUUUAGAAUGGCCAGCACAUAUGAGUGUAAAUUUAGAAAGUCUAGCAGAAAUUGCUGCAAUUUGCAAUGAUGCAGGAAUUUCUUCCCAAGGUCACCGGUUCCAUGCUACGGGAAUGCCCACUGAAGCAGCUCUGAAGGUUUUGGUUGAAAAGAUGGGAAUCUCCAGUUUGAAGGCCAUGAAUAUUGGUAAUGGUGGAAAUGUAAAUGUCAACCAUACUACUGAGAAUGGAACAGAAUUAUUAGUUUAUUGCAAUCAGUUAAUAGAAAAAUCAAAGAGGUUGGCUUCAUUGGAUUUUGAUCGAAUCCGGAAAUCUAUGGGUGUUAUUGUUGGGGAUCUUUCUGGACAGAAUCGCCUCUUAGUGAAGGGUGCUAUGGAAAAUGUAUUAGAAAGAAGUGCUUUUCUGCAGUUAGCAGAUGGAACCAUAGUUGAAAUGGAUGAUGCAUCCAGGGAAUUACUCUUGAUGAAGCUUCACCAAAUGAGUUCAAAGGGUUUGCGCUGUUUAGGCCUCGCAUACAAAGAAGACUUGGGUGAGUUUAAUGAUUAUGAUGGAGAGAAUCAUCCUGCUCAUAUGAAAUUGUUGGACCCAGCUAAUUAUUCUGAGAUAGAGAACGAUUUAAUCUUUGCUGGUGUUGUUGGAUUGAGGGAUCCUCCUCGUGAAGAAGUUCAUGAAGCAAUAAAAGAUUGUAGAGAAGCUGGCAUUCAAGUAAUGGUCAUUACUGGUGAUAACAAGUUCACAGCAGAAGCUGUAUGCCGGGAUAUCGGUAUAUUUUAUGAAGGAGAGAAUCUUAAUGGGAAAAGUUUCACUGCAAAAGAAUUUAUGGAACUUCCCUUGAACAAGCGUUGUGAAGUUUUGGCAAAGCCUGGUGGUUGUGUUUUCUCUCGAGCAGAACCUAGGCAUAAGCAGGAUAUAGUACUCAUGCUUAAAGAAGCUGGCCAGGUCAUAGCAAUCACUGGAGAUGGUGUUAAUGAUGCACCUGCUUUAAAGCUUGCAGAUAUUGGAAUCGCCAUGGGGAUUGCUGGUACAGAGGUUGCCAAGGAAGCAUCAGACAUUGUCUUAGCUGAUAAUAAUUUCGGCACUAUUGUUGCUGCUGUUUCAGAAGGCCGUUCAAUUUACAAUACCAUGAAAGCUUUUAUAAGGCACAUGAUAACAUCAAAUAUUGGUGAGAUAACUUCUAUAUUUAUAACUGCCGCAUUAGGCAUGCCUGAUGGUUUUAUACCAGUGCAGCUUCUCUGGUUAAAUUUGGUCAUUGAUGGUCCUCCAACAAUGGCUUUAUGUUUUAAUCAUUCUGACAUAGAUAUUAUGCAAAAACCACCUCGAAAAAGUAAUGAUGCCCUAAUUAAUGCCUGGGCAUUUUUCCGCUACAUGGUCAUUGGUACAUAUGCUGGGCUUGCAACGGUUGGUAUAUUUGCUUUGUGGUUCACACAUGAUUCAUUUUUAGGGAUAGACUUCUCUGCAGAUGGCCACACAUUGGUAGCAUUUUCUCAGCUCACCUCAUGGGGUGAAUGCCCAUCUUGGGAAGGCUUCAAAGUUUCACCAUUUUUAGCUGGUGGGAGAAAAAUUUCAUUUGAUUACAAUCCUUGUGACUAUUUUUCACAUGGAAAAGCAAAAGCAACAACUCUUUCUCUCUCUGUAUUAGUGGCCAUUGAGUUGUUCAACUCACUUAAUGCUCUGUCUGAAGAUAAUAGUUUCUUCACCAUUCCACCAUGGAUAAAUCCUUGGCUGAUGUUGGCAAUGCCUGUUUCUUUUGGGCUCCACUCUUUGAUCCUUUAUGUUCCAUUCCUCGCCAACUAUUUUGGCAUUGUACCCCUGAGCUUUAGUGAGUGGUGUUUAGUUAUAAUAGUUUCAUUACCAGUGAUAUUGAUAGAUGAAGCUCUGAAAUUAAUUAGGAGGAGAAUGUCGAGAGGACAUGAGAAGUAUAAAACUGCUUAACAGACCAUGUGACAGUCUCGUGGACUGCUUUUUUCAGCAUUUCUUUGGUUAGUACUAGAUGGGGCAACGUUUAUGCAGGGAGCAGAAUGCAUCCUGACUACUUUUUUGCAUUUAUUGAUUAAAUUGGAAAUUAGAAUACAAUUGAAUUCUUAUUUUUAGUUUAAUUAAUAAAUGUAAAAAACAGGCUAAUCAGGGUGCAUUCUGCUCCUUGCCUAGACACUGACCCUUUACAGUGCUAAUUCAAGUUUACAUGUUUAUAUCUUAUUUUCAUGUCAUAUGUGUAAAACCUCGUUGUUGAAUAAUGGGAAAAUGUUGCUGAAUGA